AUGGGUAACUUUACAUCAAGCUUUGAACCAAAAAAUGUGAAAGAAGCUUUGAGUGAUGAGUCAUGGAUAAAAGCAAUGCAAGAGGAAUUAGAACAAUUUACAAGAAAUGAGGCUUUCUACAGUUUAAAACAGGCUCCUAUAGCUUGGUAUGAAAGAUUGACUCAAUUUCUUGUUCUGAAUGGUUAUAAAAGAGGCGGAGUCAAUAAAACUCUUUUCAUCAAAAAUGUUGAUUAUGAUAUUGUUAUUGCACAAAUCUAUGUUGAUGAUAUUGUUUUUGGCUCUACUUCUAACACCCUAGUGCAGGAGUUUGUCAAACAAACGAAAAAUGAGUUCGAAAUGAGCAUGAAAUUUGGGACGGAGUCUGCUAAACAUGCCAAAAUACCAAUGGGAAUCACAGUCAAACUGACCAAGGAUGAAAAUGGUGUAAAAGUAGAUCCAACAUUGUACAGAAGCAUGAUUGGAAGUCUUCUGUAUCUCACAGCUAGUCGUCCUGACAUUAGCUACAGUGUUGGGGUAUGUGCUCAGUAUAAAGGGAAUCCUAUGGAAUCCCAUGUGACAGUUGUAAAGCGAAUCAUUCGCUAUGUGAAUGGUAUUCAGGAAUAUGGAAUUUGGUACUCAAAGGAAACAAACUCUAACCUUGUUUGUUUUAGUCAUGCUGAUUGGGUAGGCAAUGUAGAUGACAGAAAAAGUACAAGUGGUGGAUGUUUCUAUCUAGGAAACAAUCUGGUUUCUUGGCAUAGCAAGAAACAAAAUUCAAUCUCCUUGUCGAGUGCUGAGGCUGAGUACAUAGCUGCAGGAAGCUAUUGUACUCAAUUAUUAUGGAUGAAACAAAUGAUGACGGAUUAUGGGUUUGAUCUUAAAACUUGA